AUGAACUUCGAGCAAAUCCUCAGAGACGUCGGCGGCUUCUCCAAAUUCCAGUUCCUGAUCCUGAGCGUCCUAUGCCUCCCGCGGGCCAUCCUUCCGCUGCACUUCUUGCUGCACAACUUUGUCUCGGCAACACCGGCCCACCGAUGCGCCACGAGGCCCGCCGGGAACUACAGCCUGCCGGAAGACGGCGCCCGGGCCUCCUGCCCGACCUUCGGGGACAACCGCACCGGCGUUUGUCCUCACGGCUACGCCUACGACCAUUCCCAGUUCGUCUCCACCACCGUCACCGAGUGGGACCUGGUGUGUGAAGAUCGAGGAUUCAAUAAUGCUUUGGCCACCUAUUUCUUCCUGGGGGUGACCUUUGGCGCCAUCCUCUUUGGACAUCUUGCAGACAUGUUUGGCCGAAAGCCGACGCUGCUGGCGGCGUUGGGGGGAGCCGCCUUGAUGGGCGCCGCCUUGGCCUUCUCCAGCUCCUACACCGCGUUCGCCGUGACGCGGGCGCUGAGCGGUGUGGCGCUGAGCGGCGUGUCCAUCAUCGGAUGUGUUUUAGGCCUGGAGUGGACAGACGUGAGGCACCGCACCUUGACUGGCACGCUGAUCAGUUUGUCGUGGAGCGCCGGCAACAUGCUGCUGGCACUGCUGGCUUACGCCAUCCGCGACUGGCGGCACUUGACGCUGGCGGUGACGGCGCCUUGCGUGCCGGCCCUGCUCUGCUGUUGGUGGCUGCCCGAGUCGGCCCGCUGGCUUGUGGCCAACGGCAGGACCGCUGAGGCCCACCGAUGCCUGCUUCGCUGCGCCCGAACAAACAAAAGGGACCCGGCGGCACUGCGUCCGGAGGUCCUGGAGAAGGUGUCGGCGGAAGAUGCCGGCGGGACUCAUUGGUACGUGGACCUGCUCAGGACGCCCCGGCUGAGGAAGAUCACCCUGCUGUCCGGGCUCUUCUCCUUCGCUGUUGCCUUCCUGUACUACGGCAUCAGUUUGAGGAUCUCGGGCUUCGGCGUCAGCCUCUACCUCACGCACUUCAUCUACAGCGCCGUGGAAGUGCCCGCCAAAAUCUUAACCUAUUUUGUCCUGGAUCGAAUCGGGCGACGCAACGGCCAGGCGGGCUUCCUGAUGGCCACGGGCACCCUAAUAGCCGUAAAUGCGGCCAUCCCUCUAGAGCACUACUGGGUCCGCACCAGCGUGGCCGUGGUAGCCAAGGGCUUUUCCGAGGCGGCCUUCACAACCUCCCUCCUCUACGCUGCCGAGCUUUUUCCUACUGUCCUCCGGCAGUGCGGGACGGGAUACGCGUCGUGCCUGUGUCGCAUCGGGAGUUCCUUAGCGCCCGUGGUCCUGCUGCUGGAAGACACGUGGCUUUACCUGCCGGCACUGGUUUUUUCCGUCACGGGAAUGGUCGCCGGUGCGCUGGUCUUCCUGCUGCCUGAGACGCUGGACGUGCGCCUGCCCGAAAACAUUCUGGACAUCGAGGAAGGAAGGUAA